AUGGCUGUCCUCGCGAGCAGAGACCUCAAGGACGGUCUGGUCGACCUGAACGAGACGCGAAAAGCGGUGGAAAGCGCGGAAAAUCGGGCGCGUCUCGAGCAGAAGAGCGACUCGAAGCCCGGUCGCAGAAACGACCGCGAGCUAGCGCAGUCCCUUCAUCGCGAAGCCGAUAGGCUCUACCACAGCGGCGAUUACGAGUCCGCGUUGGUCCUGUACCAUCGAGCCGCGAACUUGUUUCCACGGGACGGCAGCCACAGCGUGGCAGCCAGGCGGACGGCGGCGACGAUAAGCUCCUGCAAUAAUCCGUCGAAAGCCCUGCGGAGGGUUUUAUCGAGCGCGAAAACUGAGGAGCGAUUAGUGGCGAGCCUGUGCCCGGAAUCGGCCGCCAUCCAGGCCAACGACAAGCUCAGGAAGUCGCCGGACCCGUCCUCGGUGGCCGAAGUCCUCAGCUACUUCGACGACCACAAAAGUUACUGGAGGACCCAGCCAUCCCCGAGACCGUCGAGCAUCCGCCUGGCGCGAUCGAGAACGAUGCUGAGACAGCAGAGCAACCUGGCAAACUUGUAUCUGAGAAACCUAGAGUCAGCCUUCGAUUCUGGUAAAAUGUCCGUCUCCUUGAAGAUAGCCCAGGAGUUGCUCAUAGUGUCAGCCGGACUCCAGGACCCCAGUCGCUAUCAGAUAGGCGCGUAUCAUUACUUGUCCUUGAUCCACGUGGCUCUGGGGAGACACGAUCGAGCGGUAUGCAACGUUUCCCGCCUGAUACGAUUGUCCAAGAGCACCGGGGACGUGGUUCAGUUCUGUCGAUCGCUGGCCACCUUGGGAAAGGUCCAUCUGAGCUUCGGUCACCUGAACGCGGCGGCGAAAGCCUGGGAGCACCUGUCCAGAGACUUGAAGGAGCCUAUACCCGUGGCUUGGAUCAGGCACGAGAUAGGACGAUGCUACCUGGAGACUGGACGGUACGGACGAGCUCUGGAGAUGGCGUCCAGGUGCAUAGAUGCAGCGAUGAAGGACAACUCCGAGAAGUGGAUGCUCCAUGGAAGGCUCCUGUUAGGUCAGACCCUGGCGAAGCUGGGGAGGCUCGCGGAGGCGUUGGACGAGCUUCAGAUCGCCGCGAAGAUCACCGAGGAGGAGGGCGACAAUCCCAUGCUGUCCUACAUCCGAGAUCUCAUCGACCAAGUAUCGGUCGUCCUCAGGAGGAUCGAGAACGAGCGUCGCGGAAUCGAGAAAUCGAAGGUCACGCCGGCCACGGAGAGGGAGGAGGACCAGGACGCGAAACCGUCCGACCAGUUCAUCAGCCGAACGGAAACCGUAAUAACCACUAUGUUCUCCCAGAGGAGGGUGAUUACGGCGCUCCGUGGCGGAGGUUCCAGUAGUGGAACGUCGGUCGCCGCGGACGAGGAGAUAACGAUGCACUCGAAGGGUUCGACAAGCCUCGACGAGGUCCAGCUGGAUUUCAAAGGAAGCUCCGGAGGUCUAUCAAGGUCUACUCGGAAUCCGAGAAUAUCGCGAAAUCGAAGCAAAGUCGCUUCGUUCUCCUCCUCGUCAUCCUCGUCGUCAUCCGCUGACGACGAACUCGCUGAAGAGCCCGAUGUCGAUUCCGUGAGAGGCAUAGUUCGCGAUACCAAGCAGAAUCUCGAAGAAGGGUCGUUGAUUCGGUCAAUAGACAGCAAAACGUCGAUGAACACCGUGAACACUGGUGCCACCUACGUGAUAGACAGCGAGGAGGAUAGUGUGGCGAAAGGAGAGUCGGACAACGAGGUCGAACCGAAAACGACGUCCUGGAGGUCCGAUAAGGGCUGCGAGGGGGCCGGGGAGAACGUUGGCUCCAGCGAUAAGAACGCGAGGGAGGGUAUGCUAAAUGCUUUUCGGGCGAUCAAAGAGUUGGCCAAUAAGAACGAAGUGGAGCUGCUGGAUGUUCUGACGGACAUGCUGCUGACACGCGAUGGGAAAGAUCGAUCGCGCGAUCUCGGGAACUCGGGCGACGCCGGCGGGGAGAAAUACGAGAACACGAGAUCCUGCGAGGAUAGCCAGGACAAGGUCGCGGCGUGUCAUUCUCUUUAUAAACACUCUCUGCCCUCCAGCCCUAGGAAACGCGACGUCAAUGAGGAUUUCCAUGGCUGCGAGGCUACUUCAGGGUCCAAUUGAUUGUAUUUCUAUUAUCAGUACAUUAAAC